GAUAAGACGCUCAGUUUUGCGCGAACUGCGGGAGAAGCUGCAGCGCAAUGUGGAGAUUCCUGAUUCUGGUCACGGCACUUGGACUGGGCCAGCGGACAUGGGCUGCCAAGCUGGAGUUUUCGCUUAACGAGGGGCACCCCUGUCCCGAAAUGCCCAACUAUCCGAGGAGCAGCUGCAGGAGGCACUGCGCCGCGAUGAUCGCAAGUCAUAUUCUCCGGCAGACGCUGACCCAAGAGAGUGUGGUGCAGUGCAACGUGGCCGAGCAGCUCGUCUGCUGCCCCCACACACUGCCCCAGAGUCCAUCCUCCUCCACUCAGCCACUUAAGUCAAGUACUCACUACGCAGCAGUUCUCGAACCCCCAACAGAUCCCCAAAGGACGUAUGCCCACAUGGCGUCUCUGCGCUAUCUAAGUCCGGAGACCCUGGACUCGUAUGUGUACCGAUGUGCUGCUCUGGUCGUCAGGGUGAACCUUGCGCUGACCUCGGCCUAUUGCGCCGGAUUGGACGACGUCGUCAAGAUGCCAAGCCGUGUCCGCCUGGGUCUUGUGGCUCCCUUUCAGGAGGAGCUGGCCAUUAACGUAGGUUGCACUAGUUCAUGGUCGCUGCAUUCAGUCCACCUCCAAUGGAGUCUCCACUUCCAGGGCAGCUUUGACUACAACAGCGACCUGGUGCUGUUUCGGCUGACCCGCAAUUACAGUAGCGAAGCCAUAGCCAAGAUAUGCAGCCAGCAGGAUUUGGACAGCUCCCGAAAGCUGAUGGCUGUGGGCUUUGCCCAGAAAAACGGUGUCAACUGCGGGUGGUUUGAGCAGGAGGUGUCAUUGCGUCCCUUCGCCGCUUGCAAUAUUACCGCUUGGUCCGGGGUGCGGGGCAUCGAAAGCCAGACCCACUUCUGCGUCUACCCCAUCCACAUGCCGGCUGCAACGGGAUCGGGAUCCUGUUUCCGGUGCCUGCGCGCCGGCGCCAGUGUGCUCCAUGCUGUGCAGGCUGAUGGAAGUGCUUGUGUGGCCGGCGUGGCCACGCCCACCGGCGGCAGGUGCUACAAUGCCGCAAACGCGGAUCUGUACUACACCAGUCUGCUCAACGGAAACGUGCUGGACUUCAUCAAUGGCAGUCAUUAAAUAAAUGUUCAUGAUCGA